ACUACGCUCGUUCGCUUUUCCUACGGAGCAGUCGUCGUCGCGCGCUCGCAUCGCCCGUUUUGAUUUUUUUUUAUUACUUUUUACGUUCUCGACUUUUGCCCGUUUAGGUUGUUACAUUCCCACUCGGGCACUUCCUGCGCUUUUGACGCCGCCAGAUACGCGUCCGGGAAAUUACGUGAUACAGCGGCGACGACGACGGCGACUGCUGCGGCGACACUUGCGUCGAGCGAACGGAGGAUCAGUCUCUCCGAGUGCACCCCUCCCUCACCCUGUGCGCUCGUCUCGACAAACGGUAUGCCGAGUUGAAUCAAGCAGUAGCCAUGGCACAGAGCCGGCCCAUCAAGAUGGUCAUCGUGGGCGAUGGCAUGGUGGGCAAGACCUGUCUGCUUGUUGCCUUCACCACGGGAGCGUUUCCGGGAAAUGACUACGAACCUACAGUGUUUGACAACUACGCUGGCACUCUCCUCUGUGACGGCAUAACCACAAAUCUCACGCUGUGGGACACGGCAGGACAAGAGGACUACGAAAGGCUGCGUCCUCUCUCUUACCCUGGGUCUGACGUGUUCCUGUUGUGCUUCAGCAUCAGCAGUGAGGCUUCAUUCAACAAUAUCCUGACAAAAUGGCAACCCGAACUUAAGCAUCACUGUCCAAACACUCCUUAUAUUUUAAUUGGUAAGUAAACCUAGACUCGUUCUCACUA